GCACCAGAACACUUCACCAUUUUACAGUUGGAGAAAGAACUACGAACACGGGUUGAUGUUCUAAAUAAGGAGAAACAUGAACGAUUGAAGAAAUUGUCAGAAUUGAAAAGUAGAGAACAACAUUUAUGCGAUAUUUUAUGCGCUACGCCGUAUUACGUACCGACUGGUAGCAUUCCAAGCAAUGAACAACUUGACACGUUACAAGAACAUAUCAAUUCACUGAGAACAGAAAAGGAUUCUAGGUACAAUAUUUUUACUAAGACGAAACAAGAUAUCUUAGACAUUUUGGAAGACUUGGAACAAAGUCCCAAUACUUCAUUUGAACGUGACAUAGUUUGUGAGGAAGAAGACUCAUUUCUGCUAUCUGCUGAGAAUAUGGAUGCUUUAAAAUCACUCCAUACAGAGCUCCAAGACAAGAAGAAGGAGACGUAUUAUCUGGCCGACAGACUGAGAGACAGAAUACAGACGUUAUAUGAUCGGCUAUUGGUUGAUAAAUUGGAACAGAAUAAAUUUUUCACAGAAGCUGUAGGAUAUAAACCCAAAGUCAUUGAAGCUCUCCGAGCUGAAAUUGCUCGCUUAGAAGAGUUGAAGAGACAGAACAUACAAAAGGUUAUUGAAGGAAUUCGUCAGGAGUUGUUGAUAUGGUGGGAUAAGUGUUACUUUAGUCGCCAACAAAGGCACGACUUCACAGCCGCUUAUGAGGGUAAAUUAAUCUUUUCAUAA